CCGCCGCCGCCGCCGCCGGCUCCGGGUGCGGGGGGGACGCGCACAAAGGUGCGGGGCGAUGCUCCGGGGCGGCCCCCCCGUGCCCGUGCCCGUGCCGUGAGCAGCCCCCCAUGCCCGGCCCCAGGUCCAUGCCGGCCCCUCCGGAGGCUCCGGACGCCCCAAAGGCCUCGGAGAGCGCCGGGACGGAGCCGCCGCCGCCGGAGCCGCCCGGCGGGCGCGUCCUUUUCUCCUGAGCGAGGCCAGGCCAAGGUGCCAAAAUUGAGCCCCUCAAGGUGACGGUGGAUCUGCUGAAGGCGCCCCUGGGCCUGAGGAAGCCCCCGCUGAAGGAGGCCCUGGCCGCGCUCCCGGGCAAGCCCCGAGCCCCGAGCCCGGAGCGGCGCCGGCCCCGGCGCUCCGACGCCAUGGACAACGAGUCCCAGUACUCGGGCUACUCCUACAAAUCCGGCCACUCCCGCAGCUCCCGCAAGCACAGGGAUCGGCGGGAGCGGCACCGCUCCAAGAGCCGGGAGGGGACGCGCGGGGACAAAUCGGUGACGAUCCAAGCGCCGGGGGAGCCGCUGCUGGACAACGAAUCCACGCGGGGCGACGAGAGGGACGACAACUGGGGCGAGACCACCACGGUGGUGACGGGCACGUCGGAGCACAGCAUCUCCCACGAUGACCUCACGCGCAUCACCAAGGACAUGGAGGACAGCGCCCACCUGGACUGCUCCCGCCACCUGGGCGUGGCCCUGGGCGCGGCCCUGGCGCUCCUGGCCUUCCUCACGCCCUUGGCCUUCCUCCUCCUCCCGCAGCUGCUGUGGCGGGAGGAGCUGGAGCCCUGCGGGACGCCCUGCGAGGGGCUCUUCAUCUCGGUGGCCUUCAAGCUCCUCAUCCUCCUGCUGGGCAGCUGGGCCCUGUUCUUCCGCCGCCCCAAAGCCUUCUUCCCGCGCGUCUUCGUCUUCCGCACGCUCCUCAUGGUGCUGGUGUUCCUGCUGGUGGUGUCCUACUGGCUCUUCUACGGCGUGCGCAUCCUGGACUCGCGGGACCGCAACUACCGCGGCGUGGUGCAGUUCGCCGUGUCGCUGGUGGACGCGCUGCUCUUCGUGCACUACCUGGCCGUGGUGCUGCUGGAGCUGCGGCAGCUGCAGCCGCAGUUCACGCUCAAGGCCGUGCGCUCGGCCGACGGCGCCAGCCGCUUCUACAACGUCGGCCACCUCAGCAUCCAGCGAGCGGCCGUGUGGAUCCUGGAGAAUUACUACCACGACUUCCCGGUCUACAACCCCGCCCUGCUCAACCUCCCCAAAUCCGUCCUCUCCAAGAAAAUGUCCGGCUUUAAGGUCUAUUCCCUCGGCGAGGAGAAUUCCACCAACAACUCCACGGGGCAGUCGCGGGCGGUGAUCGCGGCGGCGGCGCGGCGGCGCGACAACAGCCACAACGAGUUCUACUACGAGGAGGCCGAGCACGAGCGCCGGGUGCGCAAACGCCGCGCCAGGCUGGUGGUGGCGGUCGAGGAGGCCUUCACGCACAUCAAGCGGCUGCAGGAGGAGGAGCAGAAGAACCCGCGGGAGAUCAUGGACCCGCGCGAGGCCGCCCAGGCCAUCUUCGCCUCCAUGGCCCGCGCCAUGCAGAAGUACCUGAGGACCACCAAGCAGCAGCCCUACCACACCAUGGAGAGCAUCCUGCAGCACCUCGAGUUCUGCAUCACCCACGACAUGACCCCCAAGGCCUUCCUGGAGCGGUACCUGACGGCCGGCCCCACCAUCCAGUACCACAAGGAGCGCUGGCUGGCCAAGCAGUGGACGCUGGUCAGCGAGGAGCCGGUGACCAACGGCCUCAAGGACGGCGUGGUCUUCGUGCUCAAGCGCCAGGACUUCAGCCUGGUGGUGUCCACCAAGAAGAUCCCGUUCUUCAAGCUCUCCGAGGAGUUCGUGGACCCCAAGUCGCACAAGUUCAUCAUGAGGCUGCAGUCGGAGACCUCGGUGUGAUUGGGCCGCGUUGGGAUUUUUUCCCCGAAUCCCUUCCGGCUCCGAAUCUCCCAAAUUUGGCUCCUCCGGCGCCGCCGGGACGCGGGAAAGGCGCUCCCGGCUCCGGCGCCUUGCUGGGAUUGUGACCACUCGUCCUUUGUUGAGGUGGUUGAGCGCCUUCUCCUCCUCAUCCUCCUCCUCCUCCUCUUCCUCCUCAUUCCCGAAAUCCGGAUCCCUUCGGAGCCGGAACUCAAGGGCUAACCCCGAGAAUUCCCAACUUCCUUCUUCACCAGCGUCCUGGAGCAGCUCCGGGGUCCCACCGACCUCCUGCUCCUCCUGUCCGUGUUCUCCUGGACGUCUGUCCUGGCUCUGGCCUUAAACCACUUCCCAGCUCGGGAUCCCAAGGGAAUUUUGGAAGCGUCUCCAGGAAUCCGUGGCUGCUAUGGAAAAGCUCCCCCAGGUUUUGGGAGCGUCCUCCUCGCCUCUGCUGAUUUUUUAGGAAAAACGAGCGGAAAUCUGGGCGUUUUGGAAGGGCUGAAUUUUUUUGGAAGUGUCCUCCUCGCCUCUGCUGAUUUUUUAGGAAAAACGAGCGGAAAUCUGGGAUUUUGAGGAGCUGAAGGUUUUGGAAGCGUCCUCCUCGCCUCUGCUGAUUUUUUAGGAAAAACGAGCGGAAAUUUGGGAUUUUUUGGAGGACUUGAAGGUUUUGGGAGCGUCCUCCUCGCCUCUGCUGAUUUUUUAGGAAAAACGAGUGGAAAUCUGGGAUUUUUUGGAGGACUUGAAGGUUUUGGGAGCGUCCUCCUCGCCUCUGAUGAUUUUUUAGGAAAAACGAGCUGAAAUUUGGGAUUUUUUGGAGGACUUGAAGGUUUUGGAAGCGUCCUCCUCGCCUCUGCUGAUUUUUUAGGAAAAACGAGCGGAAAUCUGGGCGUUUUGGAAGGGCUGAAUUUUUUUGGAAGCGUCC